AUGGCUGGAGGUGCUAUGCAUAUCUGGGCUAUGUGGGCGACCCAAAUCCUCAUCCUAUUCAGCUUCGCACUACAGAUUUUCCUGUUUGUCUUCGCAAGGACCCGUCAGCGUGGAUCCUCCGCCGUGCUGAGGAUCCUCCUCUGGCUGGCAUACCUCAUGGCUGACGCCACCGCUGUGUACACUCUCGGCCACCUCUCUAUCAGUGGUUUGUCCCGCGAGCAAAAUCUCGAGGUGUUCUGGGCGCCUUUCCUCCUGGUGCAUCUUGGCAGCCAAGACAAUAUCACCGCCUACGCCCUUGAGGACAACCAACUCUGGCCACGCCACCUGCUAAAUCUUGGCGUUCAAGCCUUUGGGGUUGCUCAUAUCGUCUAUAAGCAUAUCUCUAAUAUCCCCACCUUGCUGGGAUUGGCUACUGUCUUGAUGUCCAUCAUAGGUGUCAUCAAGUAUGCGGAGAGGAUAUGGGCUCUCAAGUGCGCCACACUGGACAACAUUCAGAGCUCUAUCAAGGAACCCCGGGAUCUCCCAACUUACUACAUUGCGCUUCUGUGUCGGGGACCGAGGGUAAAAGAGCAUGAUGAAGAGGAGUUCAUGUUGUUUGCCCAAGCCAUGCUCCCUGUUUGCAAGGUCUAUUAUGAAUUGAACAAUUUGAGCUGGAAAGUUAUGAGCAAGGUAGUGGAAAUGGAGAUCUCCCUCAUGUAUGACAUCCUCUACACCAAGGCAGCAGUGAUCCACACUUGGUAUGGCUACAUGUUUCAUCUGGUUUCACCCCUGCCCACCGCCCUCGUCUUCACACUAUUUCAAUUAAGUGGUAAUAAGGAUGGUUACGACAGAACUGAUGUUGCUAUCACCUACAUCUUGUUGGUUGGUGCCUUUCUCUUGGACAUGGUGUCAGUGUUCAACACUUUGGGGUCGACCUGGACAUGUAAUUUCUUGUUGACUAGAGACCGCAGUAGGUUAGGUCUUUCCAUCAUGUCUCUUCGCCGGCAUUUCAAGGCUUUUACAAGCAACAGAAGAUGGUCAGGCUCCAUUGGUCAGUAUAAUUUGUUCCAUUUCUGCACCUCUGACCGGACCAAGCGCAGCAAAUUGGCUAAGAUGAUGGGGCUCAAGGAUUGGUGGAACAAAUGUCAUUAUUCGGGGACCAUAAUGAUUUCAGAGGCUGUCAAGGAAUUAGUAUUCAAACGUGUAUGGAUACUAGUGAAGGAGAUGCAACAUCAAAGAUCAGAAAACCAGAUACAGUCCACACCCAACCAGAAGGGCGUGGAGGAGCCCAUGGCAGUGAUUCCAUCUAAUGGGUUUCGUCCUGAAUUUUACAAUGACGUUGUCAAGCGGCGUAAGAAAUUCGACAACGCUCUGAACUUGGGUGCUGAGCUCCAGGAGGCGAUCCUUACCUGGCACAUCCUUACAAAUGUUUUCCUCCUGUGCAGUUCCGAAUUCGCGGAUCCAGCUGUUUCGUCUUCAAAUGCCAUAUGCAUCAGUCGACGUAGACGCGGAGGACCUCCCUGUUUCAAACAAAAAGCUGUUUGGUCUUCACAUGUGAAGGCGAUCAAGGCACUGUCAGAUUACAUGGUGUUCCUCGUCGCGGUACGCCCCAACAUGGUACCGGGCGAGCUGCGCAGCCUGUACGUAGUAACCACCGGUGCCUUGCGGCACCAGUGGCUUAUGCUUAGGCACAGUUCAGCUUCUUCUACAGCUGAAGAUAAAGGGAAGAGACUUGCCCACAGCAUGCUGUAUCGGCCCACAGGUAUUGAAGAGCGGAGCAUCAUUCUUUCGCAUGGAACUUUGUAUGCCAAGCUGCUGCUCGAGCUGGUAUCUGAAAGGAAUCGUGACAAGCCCGGCGUUAUAUCUUCUUACGAAGAAUGUGACCAUGUUGCCGUAGAUAAACUGAAGCGGCUGAUGCCAGAUCUAGAAUCCUCAUGCAGAUAUGGUGUAUUUGAUCUGACCAGAGCGUGGGCUCUCAUCUUGGAUACGUGGGUGCGUCUGCUUGUGUUCGCGUCCGUCCGGUGCAGCAGAGAAACCCAUGCCAGACAGAUCAGCCGUGGCGGCGACCUCAUGACCGUUGUCUGGCUAAUGGAGGAGCACGCCAACGUGUUCUUCAACCAGUCCUCCACCAUUGGUGAUGAUGAGGAAGCAGGUCGGGCUGCUGCCUAG